AUGGGGGCCGCUCUCUCCACCGGAGCCAUUGUGGCCAUUUCCUUUAACUGUGUCAUCGCGUUGCUCAUCAUCAUCCUUUUCCUCAUCCUCUGCAAGGCCUGCAGGACACCCUCGUGCCCCAAGAAGAGCUCGGCUUCUGCUGCAGAUGAGCAUGUCUGCCUGGGCUGGGGGCACCUGGCUGUCGGCACUGAGCACUCCCCAACCCUGGUGCUGGAGGCACUGGAGAAUUCCCAAGCCAUGGCCUGA